CUCGCUAUAAAACACGCGCUUCCAGGCCAUUGGAGGCUCCACCCCAUUCUGUUUAGCCGCUAGCUGCUGGCCGGUGCUGGACUGGUACCGCUCGCUCGCCCCACUGACCCCAGCUCGCUUCUCCUUCUUCUCCACCCCAUUCUGUCUGCCCCUGUGUCCCGCGCUGCCUGCGUGAGCGUGAACCGGAUGGAGAAGACGAGGCGGCGGCAGGUGCCGGCGUUCGGGGAGUGGAACUACUGCUACUACUACGACGAGCCGCCGGCCGCGGUGGCGCUGGCCGUGGCGGCCGAGUGCUACCAGCCGGAGCCGGAGGCCUGCAGCGACGUGUGGUUCAGGUACUCGCCGCCGCCGCGCAAGCCGACGCCCAAGAAGACGCGGAGGGCGGAGCAGGGCGACGUGGCUCGUCGCGAGAAGGUGGAGAGGCGCGGCUCCAGGGCGCUGGACGCUGCCGGCGACGGCAUGCCUCGCGCCGCGGCCAAAGCCGGCUCUAGGGUGGUGCGCCCGGUCGACGAGGACCUGUACCAGGUCCCGCCCCCGGAGUUCGCCUCCCGCCGGCCUAGGCGGAAGAGGAGCCUGCUGAUGGGAUGCCUGGGCCUCAACUCAUGCGUCGCCUGAAUCUGUGUGCCCAUGGAAUGCUGAGACUCCUACUCCUAGAUCGAGAUAGUAGUGGUAGUAUUAACUAGAUUGAGUGAGUGCUGGUUCUUCGUUGCUGUGUGUCUUGGUAGUUUUGAUCUCUUGGGCUAGUGAUCGAUCACUUGUAAUGCUCUCGAGCUGUUUAUUUCCACCAUGGGUUUGUAUACGCAGGUCUCGUGUUUAGGCUGGGUCAGUGAGUUGGUGGUGUAGAUCUAGGCAUGUUUGGAUCAUGCCCAAAAUGUACCCUACUCCAAUAUUUUGGCCAUGAUCCAAAAAUAGGUACCGGUGUUUCAUUA